UCAAUAAUGUAGGCCCAAAUCCCAUUCCCACCUCAAAAAAAGUGGGAUUUAUUAGAAUCAAAUCUGCGCUCAAAUAAUUGCUUUUAGGAAAUUUUUAAAAGGAAUAUAAAAUUUCACACAGUUGCCCCACUGCGGCUCAUGACCUAUCUUAUCAGCACUCAAGUGGAGGAGUGGACACUAAUUAUCUAGCAGAAAGGCGACGCUAUUUAUCUAGCAGAAAGGCAUUAGAAUUCCAACAAUCUGAUUUACAUUCGCACUGCCCUCUGAACAAAAUCCAUUGCUGAGAGAAAAAGAGCAGUAAAACACAAACCCCAAUCGCCUGAAAAUCUUCCUUUCAGGCUUGCAUGCGGAUGGAGGGUGACAAGAUGAAGAUACUCAUUUCCGUUAUUGUGUUUCUGACCACCUUUUGUUUCCAUGUAAUAGCAAAAGAGAGCCAAAAGCAACCGAAGAACACUUACAUAAUUCACAUGGACAAGUCCAGCAUGCCAGCAAGUUUCGAAGACCAUUUCCAGUGGUAUGAUUCAUCUUUGCAGUCUGUAUCAGACUCAGCGGACAUGAUUUACACCUACCACAAUGUAAUUCACGGUUUCUCCACAAGACUAACAACUGAAGAAGCUCAGCUGCUCGAAAAGCAACCAGGUGUUCUCUCUGUUUUACCUGAAAUCAGAUACGAGCUACACACAACUCGGACACCGGCUUUCCUUGGAUUGGGAAAGAGUGACGCUCUAUUUCCGGCAUCUGAUAAAUUAAGUGAGGUGAUUGUUGGAGUGUUCGACACUGGUGCAUGGCCUGAGAGUAGAAGCUAUGAUGACACAGGCCUUGGACCUGUGCCGAAGGGCUGGAAAGGCCAGUGCGAGGUGGGUAAUAAUUUCAAUUUAUCCAACUGUAACAGGAAACUAAUUGGUGCCAGGUAUUUCUCAAAAGGAUAUGAAGCAGCAUUUGGAGAUAUUGACAUUAAAGAAGAAUCAAAAUCACCAAGAGAUGAUGAUGGCCAUGGAACUCACACCUCAACCACCGCAGCAGGAUCAGCUAUUGUAGAUGCUACCCUCUUUGGUUAUGCCAAUGGGACAGCACGAGGGAUGGCUUCCAAAGCCCGAAUAGCCACAUAUAAAGUGUGCUGGCUCGGCGGAUGUUUUGGCACUGAUAUUGUCGCAGGAAUAGAAAAGGCUGUUGAAGAUGGUGUUGAUGUUAUGUCCAUGUCUAUUGGAGGAGGGUCACCUGAUUACUACAGAGACCCUGUUGCCAUUGGAACUUUUGGAGCUAUGGCACAUGGAAUCCUCAUAUCAUGUUCGGCUGGAAAUGGUGGACCGAGCCCAGGGAGCUUGUCCAAUGUUGCGCCUUGGAUUACCACCGUGGGUGCAGGAACGUUAGACCGUGAUUUCCCAGCUUAUAUUGGUCUAGGAAAUGGGAAUAAAUACAAAGGAGUUUCGCUCUAUAGCGGAUAUCCUUUGUCUGGUGGGUUGUUUCCACUUGUUUAUGCUGGUAGUGUGAGUAAUUCCACAGGUACUGGUAAUUUAUGCUUGCCUGACAGUUUGAUUCCAGGAAAGGUCGCAGGGAAAGUUGUGAUAUGUGAUCGAGGAUCAAAUCCAAGAGUUCAAAAGGGUCAGGUGGUAAAAGAUGCUGGUGGUGUUGGGAUGAUUUUGACCAACACAGAUUCUUAUGGGGAGGAACUAGUGGCUGAUGCACAUCUCUUGCCCACAGCAGCUGUCGGCCAGAAAAUUGGCGAUGCAAUAAAGAGUUAUCUCAAGUCUGAUACUAAUCCAACGGCCACAAUCUCAGCUGGAAGCACACAGUUGGGAAUCAAACCAUCACCAGUCAUAGCAGCUUUCAGUUCCAGAGGGCCAAAUCCACUCACCCCAGAAAUACUCAAACCAGACCUUGUAGCACCAGGAGUGAAUAUCAUAGCUGGGUGGACAGGUAAAGUAGGGCCAACAGGACUAGACAGUGAUAAAAGGCAUGUAAGCUUCAAUAUCAUUUCAGGCACAUCAAUGUCUUGCCCUCACGUUAGUGGACUUGCCGCCCUACUCAAGGCUGAGCACCCAGAAUGGAGCCCUGCAGCUAUUAGAUCCGCACUCAUGACGACAGCAUAUGCAACAUAUGAAAAUGGUGUAAUCAUACAAGAUGUUGCUACUGGACGUCCGGCAACACCAUUUGAUUAUGGAGCCGGGCAUGUGAACCCAGUGGCAGCCCUUGACCCUGGACUCGUCUAUGAUGCCGGUGUACAGGACUAUUUCAGCUUCCUCUGUGCCUUGAAUUAUACUGCAGCACAAAUAAAGGCAACCACCAACUUGAAGUUCCACUGCAACUCAAGGAAACGAUACAGCCUGACAGAUUUUAACUACCCCUCUUUUGCUGUUCCUCUACAAACAGCAUCAGGCAAAAGAGGCGGUGCUGGUGUAUCAAGUACUGUGAAAUACUCCAGAACUCUGACAAAUGUUGGUGCCCCCUCAACAUAUAAAGUCUCAGUAUCUUCAACGCUUUCAUCGGUGAAGAUCUCAGUGGAACCAGAAUUACUGAGCUUCAGUCAAGCAUAUGAGAAGAAGACUUACACUGUUACAUUUACUGCUGCUUCUAUGCCAUCAGGUACAACGAGCUUUGCUCGUUUGGAAUGGUCAGAUGGUAAACAUAUUGUUGGUAGCCCUAUUGCUUUUAGCUGGACAUGAUAAUCAGAAUCCAUAUAGUGGUUCAAAAUUGCUGAAUAGAAUACAACAUAUAUCGCUUUGUACGUCGAGUGAACUUGUCUUGUUAAUCCCAUAAGCUGGCAAUUAAGCAAAUCAAGCCAGUUGAUGUUUCUCUUUUAAUGCAAACUAAUAGAAGUCGGAGGAAAAGAAAAAGGGCCAAAAGUUGUACAGGAAUAUGAUUAAUGAAUCGAUUAUUGGUCUUUUAGAGCGUC